UCUGCCCCGCUCACGAUAGGAGGAAACCCUAAACUGGUCUGGUCCACUGGCGCACACCUUCUCUCUUUCACAUACUCACACUGGACAGUAGGAGAAUGGCAGCAGCAGCAUCCACACGGAGAAUGAAUGAGACCCACAAAAUGAUGGCUUUCGCUUUGCUUUUCAUCGCCACACUCUUUCACAGUGGCGUAGUUGCAGAAUAUGAGGUUGUUAUUGGGCCCACAAGGCCAGUGGAUGUUGCUGGAGUCAUUCGUGGGGACGACAUUUAUACUACACAACUGGCAGAUGAAGAAGCAGAUGCACCCCAUGUCCAGAUCAUUGUAUUCCCCAGUAUUUUAGAUGACACCACAGACAUGAGGGAGGCCACAGGGAAGGCUGGUAAAGCAGCAAUCACAGACCCAGACCAGGAGACCCAGGCUCCCCAGCAGUUCCUGACCUCCCAGUCAAGUGACAUUGUGCUCAUCCCAGAGGCUGAUGUGAUGUGUGUUGAUAAAGAAGUGGUCCAGGACAGAGAUGUAGUGAGUCUGAAACUCAAGGCCUCGUCCAGCUGUGAAGAGACCAGGUCUAAAAUUGAGAGUGUUCUGGAGCACCUGUGUGGGGUCGACUGUAAACUGGAGGUCUUCCAGGAGGACAACUCUAAUGAAAUCCUGAUCUCUGGCCAAUACAUAGAAGCUGAUGCUAAAGGAAUGGCAGAGAAGUUCAACAAUGACAAUAUAAAAGACAAGAUUGAUUUUGAGGAGGCUGUUCCUCGCUGGGGGAAGAACUCCAAGCUGGUGCUGGUCUCCCUGCUGCUCACUGGACUGCUCCUGGCUAUUCUGCUCAUUGCAGGUUACUACCUGAAAGCCCACCACCCACCACCCAAGGGAGCGAGACUGGCUGAAGAGGGUUUCCAGGUGGAUGAGGAGAACCAGGCCAACACCCUGGUGUCUGUUGCCCCUCUGCAGCCCCAGGAGCCCUUGGACAAGCCCACCAGCAACGGGGAGUCUCCUGAGAGCCAGCCGCCCCCCACCAACGGCCACUCCGCCACCCAGACCUCCGUUGCCGACACCGAGAUGUGAACAAGCUCUGAAUGACACCCCCACCGCCCCAUUCCCAUUCCUCCAUCACCACAUUCCCAAUCCCUCUCCCUCUCAGAGUGUACCUGGGGACACCGCACUCUGACACUGACACACAUUCAACAUCCAACCCCACCCCACCCUACCUGAUCCAACCCUUGACCCCCAGGAUGAUGACAAUGAGGAAACUGAUGACUAUGACGAUGAUGACGAUGUCUGUAAUGUGAAGAAGAGAUUGUGAUCACUGGCCUCUAUUAGGUUUCAGUAGUGGCAGAGAAGGAGCCUAAACGCUGAGUUUGGGGGACUGGACAGCUGGGUCACAGACUGCAGUCCAGAAACAAUAAAUCGCUGCAAAAAAAAAGGACAACAAAUCACCGAAAUUGACCGUUUGUGUUGCUGUUUCCAAAUUCAAGUAUGAAGCAAAGUAUAUGCUAUAUCUUAAACACUAGCAGAUCUGAAAUGGACUCAUUUGAACCAAAGGGUCAUCGUAGUUUAAAGUAUUGAUUGCUUGGUUCAUUUGUUUGUAUGAUCUUAUGUGAUUGUUUGCUUGACUCGCCUGUUCGAGGUAAGAAGUAAAAUCUGGGUAAAAGAAGUGGAGAAAGAGUGAUUCAAUCAAUGGAGAUUAUUUAAACUAUUGAAGAGAUUUGAAUAGGCAGCUUUUAAAUAAGUAUCAAUAUGAUUGGCUAGUGCAGAGAUCAGAGUUUAAUCCUGUUGCCUUUUAUCAAGGCCUGUCAUAAGUUGUGUGAGGGGUUGCCGUAUAUUUGUUUCAGAAUUAUGUACAGUAGGCCUAGUGUGUCACUAUUUCCAUCAAGACAUACUUUCUAUUGUACUGUUUUUUUUAAACAUGUUUUUUUCUGUUCUGACUUACCACUGUGUCUUUGAGAAUGUUGAACCAGGUAGACUCAUUUUAUCAUUCAGGAAAACAGACAGACAUACGUUUUGUGUGGUGAAUUCGAUGAAUAAUAUUAGUCUCUCUUAUGGUGCACUGUCGUUAGAUUUCUACACAACCCCUAAUAACAUAUUCAACAUUCCAAAUACACUUUUUAUGCCCUCAAUAAAUCAGUUCAUCAUGAAACAUACAGUAUGUUACAUGGAUGAAAGUAAACCUAUAUUUUAGCUAUUGUUUUUUUAAUGACUGAUUGUUUUCAUACAAUACUGCAUGUGUACAUAUGCCAAUUUUCUCUGUUUGUAAUAUCUGUGUGCCCCAUAAAUUGUGAGUCAAUGUUG